AUGUCUAAUAUGUAUGAGGACCUUUAUAUUUCACUGAUCUCAUGGUCAAACAUGAGUCUUCCACAUGUUGAAUGUUCUGCCAUACAUACAACUGAUUUAUCUAAGAAAAAACUUCGAUACUCAUUUUUGGAUGACAAACCAGUUCAAGGAGUAAUCUCAUUCGGUUGUUAUUCGGGUGAACUAAUACGAUUUAUCAUUCUUAAGGACGAAGUAAAGCCAGCAUCAGUAUCUUUUGCGCAUAAAACAAAAAUUGUUGCACUCAGUGAUUGUUAUUUUCAAAGCAAUUUCUUUUCAGUUGCAUCACUUUCGUUUGAUGGCCUUUUCUGCAUAUGGUCAGUUCAAGAUGGCAUUUGUUUAGGAAAAUAUGAAAAAAUCUUUCCAGUUGGAUGCCAAUUGAUGGCUACAUCAGGAGAUUCGAUUGUUGUUUCAGGCAGUUUUCCGAAUGUUUUUAUCUUUAAUACAUCAGAAGAAAGAGUCACAAAAAUUUUACAUCCUCAUUAUAGUUUUACAGCCGGUAUUGGCAUUAUUCCUAGUGACAGAUCAAAAGUCUUAUUCCUUAUGGACUCAAAAGGUACUGUUACUUAUGCUUCAAUCGAUCCAUCCAUUACGCAAACGUUCAAAUACCAAUUGCUUGAUCCGAAUCGUGUAGUUAUCAAAUCCUUACCAUCACCAUCGUUCAAAUUCUUACUAACAUUAUACGGAGAUUUACCAUCUGCUAAUUCAUCGGCAGAAUCAUCCUCUCCAUCAUACUUUUCUAUUACAGACUUAUCAUCUGUCGGCUUCCCAUCAAUUACACAUGAGUACAAAGACCUUCAUACGGCUACAUGGAUUGAUGAUUAUACAUUUGGUGUUUUAUCUUACUCUGGCUCAUACACGCAGUUCGAAAUCAACGACAAAUACGUUGAAGGCAUGGACAAGAGUGAAGAAGAAGAGUAUUACGAGGACGAAGAAGAAGAAUCUGAAGAAAAUACAAAUUGUCCAACUGAAGAAGAAGAAUUUCUACAGCAAAUGACUCCCAAAUCACCUACAUCCAAUGAUACCGCAACCCAUAUUGACUAUCUCUAUUCCCAAUUGAAAGAUUUGUAUCCACAAUUGCGAGAUCUUUCACAUCCUGAUGCCAAAAUCUUUGGUCGCAACAGGUAUUGUAAGAUACCAAUCACCAAGUCCAAUUUGCACUUGGAGCAGCUUUACUACGCCCAAGGAACAUUCCCAUUUGGCUGCAUCACGAGUUUUAAGAAAGAAAUCAUCGCCGGAUUCAACGACACUGUUAUCUUUCUUUCAAACAAUUUCGAUGAAUUCUCAUUAGGCCAAAUGUUUGAGCAAGGACCGAAGCGAACAACGGCACAAUGCUUAAACAUACAAAACGAUUUGGUCAAAGAAAUCAUCGAAGGUUUGGAAGAUGGCUCGAUUUCUUACUACGAUUUAAACUCGAUGACUUAUUAUGUCCAAGAAAACGUCCACAAAGGAAGAAUCAAUGAGAUUUGUACUUGUGGAAAAUACUUGUUUUCCGCAGGUAGUGAUAACACAUUAGUUGUUACGAACUUAGAAACAAAACAAGCUGUCAAAACUUUUCAACAUUUCAUGUCAAGAAUUACUCAAUUUUUGAGACCAAUUGAAAAAGUUCGAAAACCGUUUUGUGAUUAUUUGUUUUGUUUAACGGAGUUUGGAGCUAUCUCUGUUAUAGACAUUGAGCAGCUUGACAAUGUUUUCAACAUGACAGGACAUGACGGACAAGUCACUUCUAUAAUGAUCCAUUCUUUGUCAGGAAUUUUGAUUGUAAAUGCAAAAUCUUUGUUUUUCUGGUCACUUCACUCUGGCAAUCUUGAAUCGAUUUUGCGAGGCAACAGGAAGGAAAUAUAUCUCAAAGAUCCAGACAAGAACCAUGUAGAAGUCAAACCAAUACAAGCGUUCGUGAAUGGAGUUGUUUACGAACAGUUGUUGUUUGGAGGAAAUUCUUUGAGAGUUAUUGAUAUCAACAUCAAAACAGUUUCUAAUCAAAUCUCUAAUUAUUUGAUGAGAGUUGCAGAUAAAUCAUUGAAAGAGACGAUCGAAGGAUUCCCUAAUUUAGGAUUAUUAAGUGAAGUAUUUUCUACUUAUGUUUGUGAUUUCCUCAAGAAAAACAUCGGUGUUGAAUAUGGAAAGCAUUUCAACAUUUGUUUUGUAGGAGAUAAAGGUGUUCACACUGUUAAUUUGAUCAAACAAAGAUUGCAUAAUGAUAUUUGGACAUUUAGUUCUGAAGUGUCAAGUAUGAUCUUGGCAAUGAGAAUAAUGCUUUCAAUGGCAAUGAGAAACCAUCCUCUUUUCUUCGAUACAAUGAAUGAUUUGAUUAACAAAUACACAAUUUCUAUCUCUUCAAACAUUAAGUAUUUCAAGAAUCCAAAUGUCACUUCACUUUUCAAGUAUUUCAAGAAUUCCACGCCAAUGAUUAUCAACUAUUUCAUGGACAUGGUUGAGAAGUAUCCACAAGAAACAAGGCGUAGAUGGAUGAAUUACUUGCAAUUAGUCGAAGGAACAACGAAAUACAGAAGAGAUUUGAUAAUUGGCGCAUGGAUUGGAUUGGGAACAACUGUUUUAUCUACUUUGAGUGAUACGGAAUUGAAACUUUUAGCGGAAAGAGCUCAGAAGUUAAGUAAUUCUCAGUACAGAACAUUUAUUCCUGAAGUUUUGUACAGAUGCGCAACGAGAUUUAAAGAUAUAGCAGGUGUUUCUGAUAUUGUUAUUCGAACAUUGAUUACUUCACAGAAUGCAGGACGUAUCGAUUUGAACAUUCUCUUCGAUGCCGCGCCAAUUGGUUUCUUAAAGAAUAUCCUUCAGCUUUCGAACGAAGGACAAGAAACAUUGGCAAAAACAUUGAUAAAUGUAAUCAUCGAUAUCAUUUUGCAGGGAAGAGUGAGAGAUGACAUCUUGUUCCAAAUGAUACAGACAAUUAUCGGUUGCUCAAAGGCUUCCUUAACUGACCAUAUCAAUAAACAAUUGAAGGCUAUCGAUGAUAAACAUAAAUGGUUCAAUUUCGGAGCCGAUCAACAUUUGAUAGCUUACGGAAAUAAUUCUGGAACACUUUUUGUCACUAAAAAGAUUGGUUCUGCGUUCAGAUCAUCGAUCCUUUCGUUGGCGAAAGAACCCCUCUUGGAGGUAACAAGCGAUGCCUCUGGAAAUGUGAUUACUGUAAAUACAAAGUCAACAAUCUUCGAAAUUCAAAUUAAGGUUGCUGACGACCAAGAACAUAUGCAGCUAGAUGUUGUUAGUACAAAACCAAAAGCUCAGUAA